UACGCACCCACUCUUGCAUUAACUCGACAGUCAGACAACUAGCCUGGCCAACUGGCAUUAACACAGCUAAUAGAGCAUCAACACUGUGACAUUUCUUCACAAGAUUUUAGGGUUUUGCUAACAGGUGUGAAAUACAAUAAAAGAAGCAAGGAUGAAUGGGAUGCAGAGUGUUCACACAGACAGCAACUCUCUGCUUAAAGCAGUCUAUCUGGGCCGUCUCCGCCUAACACGCCUCCUCCUAGAGGGUGGGGCUUACAUCAAUGAGAGCAAUGAGCAGGGGGAGACACCGCUCAUGAUUGCAUGUAAAAGCAGAUACUCUGACGCCCAGGGGGUUCCAAAGGCAAAGAUGGUGGGAUAUCUAUUGGAGAGUGGUGCUGAUCCAAAUAUACAGGACAAAAGUGGUAAGACUGCUUUAAUACAUGCCUGUCUAGAGCGAGCAGGACCUGAAGUGGUGUCCAUACUCCUUGCUAAUGGAGCUGACCCUUGCCUGGAGGAACAUAUAGGCUCCUCUGCUCUGAUACAUGCCAUAAAUUUAGGUGAUGAAGAAACAUUGAAGCUGCUAAUAGAGGCUUUCAAGGCCAAAGGUAAAGAGGUCAUCAUCAUCACCACAGAUAGACUAGUAUGUGGAAGGCAGAUAGUCAAACAGUGUCUUAAAGUCCCUUCAUUGUCAGAAUUAGACCAGUGGGCUAAGCUGCCUUCCUCCUUAACACCUUGUGCGUCUCCUUCUGAAAUUCACCUCAGCACAUCGCCUCAGGAGACACUUUCCACCAGCCUCUCAGAGCAAAUGUUCUCUUUCCAGGAUCUGGAAACCAUGACCAACUCUCAGACAACCCUACCCUCUCAACAGAAACCUUUGGUAAACAGAAGACUAAACAAGGUCCACCAUCUGCAGAGACUUCACUCAGAACCAUGGUUGACGAUUCCCCAAUCCUUUUUAUUAAAACAAGAAGGCAAAGGUAACUUUCAAGUGGAAGAACUGCCUGACAUAACAACUGAGGAAGAGCUUGCUUUAAGACGACUGGCUUUUGACCCUCAGGUCAGCAUUGAUCAAAAAGAAGCAACUAACUUGAGCCAGACUCAGUGUCAAGAAAACAACACAAGCGAUUGUGGAAACUUAAGACCAGCGGGAGCAUUGUCUCACAACAUGUUGUUUAAUGGUUUAUCUUCACAGUACUCUCUCUCCCACCCAGAUCUUCAUUCCAAAAGCAGUGAAUUGUUAACAUCAGAGAAUGACUCAGAAAGGUUUCUCCCUACUCUGGCAGUGUCCAGUCUCAUCAACAUUAUCCAGCGGCGAAAGCUUGGAAUUGAUCAUUACAGCUCUGAUUCACAACUUUCUGUGUCAGACAAAUCCCCAGCAGAAAGUAAAAAACAGUUUGGUGAAAGGCGGCUACUGACUUCACGGUCAUCCACUUUGAUUAGCUCACAAGAACCCACAGAGAACACUUUACUAGGAAAUAUACACAAGAGGCACCCAACCAACCUUGCAAGGAGAGGAUCAGGGGCUCUUCUCACAGAUUUACCAUUUAACCCUCGACCAGGUUUUCUACCACCACUAAAUCAUCAAGCCUCAAUUCCCCAUAUUACUUGCGAAAGCCAAUCUAGUCCAAUCUGCUCCAGCAAGAAGCAAACAUGUGGUGUAGUGACAGGGAUAAAGCAGUAUCUUCCCUCAGCUCCUGCUGGCUUUCCAAAGGAUCUCAAGACCAGAAGAAUGCUGAUGAGGAGGCACUCCAUGCAGCCUGAACAAAUCAAACAGUUAGGUGACUUUAAGGGGAUGUGUAGUUAAUUGUUGAAAAUGCAUUGUGUUGGGGGAAUAGACUACAUUUAUGAAAACACCCUAAAGUUAAACAAGGGUUAAGUAAGGGUAAAUAAGAGAGGGUAAUUUUCUGAAGGUUCGAAUCCACCACACAUUUAAUAUACUGUAAUAUAAGUAAGAUAUGGCAUUUAAUGUUUUUCGUUUUGAAAAUUCAUGAACAUCCUCGUCUAUAUACUUUUAACUGUCAAAUGUAUGUAAUAAAUACAUUUCUUAAAAAUUGCCUAAUAAAGUAAUGUUUAUCUGUAUUGAUCAGUUAAGUAAGAAGGAAAGUACUGAUCAAUAUACCACUACCAAAUUCAAGUAUACACCCAGGAUAUAGCUUUGUAUAACAAAAUAAACAAAAUUGCUCCAACAAAUUCUACAAGCAAACGAUGAUUACACAAUUAUGCACAAAUCUUUUGUGUAUGUAAAUAAUCUUGCUGAAGUGUUGUUACUCAAAGGCUUAUAAUAGUAGUUAUUCAAUCCUACAUGGAGCACAAGGGGUGCAAAUUUUUAUCUGUAAUAUUUAGCAAAAUUAGACAGUAAGCCAGACAUGGGAAGUGGGGUAUGUCAACUUUUAGGAUGCUUUAAAGUGCAGCUUCAUCUGCUAAAAUCAUAAUUGUAAUCAUAAUCAUAAUGCUAUUGAUUAAGCAAAAAAAUAAAAAAAAUAAACAGUGAAGUAUUUGUAGCAGUUUAUGUGUGCGCAUGUGUUUGCUACUGUCAAGUAGCAAAUACAAAAAUAAAAAUAAUUUUGAAAAUAAUUUUGCAUUCAAAUUCUGCCAUCCUCAGAUAUGUUCUUGUUUGUAUAGGCUGCUUAUGUCUCUGCAGAUAGGACUUUUUUAUAGCUCUAAUGUUGAGUUAUUCUGCAUGUUUCACAUAGUUUUUAUUUGUAGUUCAUAACAUUGUUAUAUGCAUUAUCAUUGUAUUUAACAUAUAUUCUUCAGUUCAAAUAAAAAUUAUUUAACUGUCAUUUGGUUGACAUAAUAGAAUGUCACAUUAUGCUCAUUAAAAAUCCAACCUUGCCGCCAAAACCCUUCUGCAUACCGCAAAGAAAAUAAGCCAAAGUGAUUUCAACGUUGUUGCAUGCAUUUAAUAGAAGAACGUGCUCCUUGCUCAUGCAAUCACUUCCUUUUUUUCAAUGGCCCGUAUGUCAAUAGAUAACAAAAUAUCCAUAUACGGUUUACUAAGCCCCAAACAACUGUUUAGUCACCUGGAAGCUGUCAUAAAACAGAUUUUGUGUCAGAAUACAAAUGUGCAGGCCUUUUUUGCCCCAAACACCUCCACCACAAACCCAUACCACUGCUAUACAGUGUCCAACAUGGGACCUGAAACCACAAACCAGUGUUUAAGAAUCUCAUGACCUAGAUUCAAGCGCACAGGCUGGCUUGGGCAAGUGCAAGAGUAGAUAACUUAACGGGUCAUUUCAUUUGCUAUCUUGCCAAAUGUUUUGGCAAAAAUGAACACAUGUCCCCAAAGCAAAUACUGCUUGUUGUUUGACAAAGAUAAAUUGCUUAGCAUGUCCUGAUCUCCAUGUAGAACCAUCAUUUACCAUUUGGACCCCCUGGAAACGUUCUGACCAGUUUUAUGCAUUUCCAAUGGCCAUCUGUCCACAAGAAAAUGUUGCCAGGUGCAUCUUAAAGUAGACCAAGAAAAAGACAAUUUUAGCCACUCUACCAUCUGCUGCAAAAAAAUAGUGAGCAAGAUAUAGUUAUUACUACCAUUAAAAACAGACAGAAUCAUAGUCUGUUCUGCCAGUGUUCAACUCCAUAGUCUGUCAUUGUGAUACAUUGCAAUUCACAGUAGAAACAGCAACAGAAAUAGUUCAAUCUAAGUUUUAGCUGGAGUUUCCCAGUAUGUUGCCAUUUACCAAAGUGGCAAAAGUGGAUAUAAUUUAACCAAUACCAAAAGGUAAUUCUAUUCAUGUUUGACAAUAUAAUAAAAUGUGAAAAGGAUGAGCCUUCAUGAAAUUUCAAGAUUAAAAGUAUUUUUUUUUACAUUAAAGCCCAGAAAUGACCUCUAUAUUGAGGUUAGUACUCUUGUUCUAUUAUUAGCUACCAAAUUUAAUGUAGUUUAAUGCACAAAAUAAGAUCUGCUGCAAUUUGGACAAAGCCCUGUAUCUAAAUGCUAAACAGUCCUAAACAAUUCAGCUAUUGAGCAUAGAAACCAGAACAGAAAACAGCUUGCAUCCCUGCCCGAAUGUUCAACACUGUUCUCAAAUCUGGGGGGAAAAAAAAAACAGCUUUAGGCCAAUAUCCCUCCUCCAGCAAGUCAUACUUUUUAGUAGGUAACAUUCUUGUAGAAUCACAAUACCCAGAUUCAUCCAUCAGACUGCCAGAUAGUACGAGUUUAAAUGAUUUGUGCCUGAGGCUCAAUAGACCUUUUAUUUGUCCUGGGCAGGUGUAACAGUGCAAAAAUAUCAAAAACUGGACAAAUGGCAUCCCAUAUAGGUGUCAUAUUAAAAGUCACAGAGCAUUCAGUCCAAACCAUUCUCUCUAGGGUAUUCGUCCCUGGACUUUGCAUGGCUACUGUGGAUUUGUUUGAUUUUAUAAACCUAUUAGCAAUGGGUGUGUCUGAAACACCUGCACUUAGUAAUUAGGACAUAUUACAAUAUUGUGUAUCCAGUACAUAAUAUACAAUAUGUAAAUACAUGUACAUGUAAUAAAUCACUAAACAGAUAAACUUACAGCAUUUUAAAUGUCCAAUCCAAUUUCUAAAAUAUAAAUCUCUUUAUUUCUGAUUUAUCAAUUCAACAAACAUGAUAUAGGGUGAGAAAAUAAUUUAAACCACCCCAGACUUAACCUCUGAAAAUUAAUUGAGCAGAACUUUAUAUAAGAUGCUUUGCAUUUCAUCUUGAUCUGUAUUUACACAUAAACAGUAUUUUUCUUGCAUGUAUAUUGUGUGCUGGAUGCUGACAAACCCAUAUCAUGAAGAGAGAAAAAACUAGACCUUUCCCAAU